AUGGCCGCCGAACCUGACCAACAACCCCAAACACCAAUCAAACUCUGCACCUAUCCUCCUCCCCGCCUCUCCCCCACCGAAACCUUCAAAAGAACCUCUCAAUACGCACAAGAUCCCACCACCUAUCUCCUCCAGACCCUCGGCAAAGAAGCCUUCGAAUCCCAAAAACCCCGUCUCAUCCUCCCCGACACAAUCGACUUGGACACCUAUGGCAAAGGCAUCCACAAGCAAAAUUUCGAAGCGAAAAUCGCCUCCUUGUUCGGAAAAUCUACAGCUCUCUUCUUCCUCACCGGCACCCAAGCACAAGUCGCCACUUUAAAAGUCCAUUGUGAACGCGCCGGACGCAAUAUUGUCGCUUGGCAUCACACUGCUCACCCGGAAAUUGCAGAAGAAAGUAGUUGGAAAUUUUUAUAUGGGUUUGAAAGAAUUCUUCUCGGUCGUCAUCCUAAUCAACUCCCUACUCUCGACGAAAUUCAAUCCGUUUUGAAUUUACCUUUACGCAGACGCCCUGCGGUUAUUCUGCUGGAAAUCCCUUGCAGACCGCUCGGAUGUCAGACUUGGACUUUUUCGCAACUGCAAGUUAUAUCUGAUAAGUGUCGAGAGGCAGAUGUGGCGCUACAUUGUGAUGGGGCGAGGAUUUGGGAGUCGGAAACUUUUUACAACUCCACCACCACUACCUCACCGUCACCAUACAACGACCCUUCUUCUUCUUCUUCCAUCUCCAUCUUCCAAACCCUCGGCCCCCUCUUCACAUCCAUCUAUCUCUCAUUCUACAAAGCCCUCCAAAGCAUCACAGGCGCAAUUCUCUUACACAACGACCCAACUUUCAUUCUCCAACUCAGCAUCUGGCAACGUCGCGCCGGCGGAAACGCAUAUACUCUCGCGUACGAAAUUGUCGACUGUGAAAGGGCCGUGAAUGAA